AUGGAAUCGUCGAUGUCACUUUUGAGCGCCUUAGGAUACCUUUGGCUCACUGCCUACCGCUCAGGCAAUAUCAAAGCACCGCUCUAUGCAGAUGUAAUCCGCGCGCUCCCGCUGUGGACUUCAAGGGGACUUAAAGUAUACAUCUACUCCUCUGGAAGCGUACUUGCCCAGAAGUUGUUCUUUGAGUAUACGGAUAACGAGGCGCAGCCGGAUCAACGGGGUUACUUGAGCGGGUACUUCGAUACCGUGAAUGCGGGGGUUAAGUGGGAGAAGACAAGUUAUGAAAAGAUUUGUGAAGAGACGGGCAUACUGCCUCAUGAAUGGGUGUUUUUGACGGAUAAUGUUAAAGAAGUCGAAGCCGCCACCGCCGCAGGACUCCACGCCAGAAUCGUGUCACGGCCAGGGAACACACCUGUUUCCGAUGAUGAUAUUCAAAAGUUUGGAGAAUUGGUGACGGAUUUUGUUGAGGAUGGUGGGUUGAAGGAGGUUUUAGGGGUUUAA